AUGGAGAAGUGGAAAUAAACAAUUUAUUAACCUCCAAGCUUAUUUUUAGAAAGAAAACGUACAGCACUAUAUCGAAGACUUGAUCCAUUGUUAGUUGCUCCAUUAACUAAAUUUGAUCACAAAGCUUAUGAUUAACUUUUCAAAUCAUAAGCUAACUAACAUUUGAGAGUCCGAAAUCUUUCAUUAUAAUCUGAUAGAGUGUAAGAGUUACCCAAAUAAUUGGGAUUGGAAGACAUUGUAUUCAAAUUACAAAAAAUUCGGAAACUCAGGAAUACUUGA